AUGGAUACAGCAGAGGCUCUGCCUGAGAAACCAAAAUGUCCUUCUUUAGAGACGAGGCAAGAUUUCCUUCAAGAAGCGACAACUUUUAUUGCUCAACAUUAUGAGAAAAUAAAUAAGAAUAAAGUUCAAGGUCCUUCUAUAAAUGUUUUUAGGAAUAAACACCAAAAACCAAAAUCCAGCAAAUAUAUGCCUUUGGAGAUUAAGAAAAAGGAAACACUUGAUGUUGAUGUGUUCCAAGAACAUCGGGCAGCACUUCAACAUAUUUGUCCUCCUAAGGAGCGCUCCAAAAGUCGGCAUUCGGAGGAGUCUUUACAAGGACAAACUUCUUUCAAGGAGGCACAUUGUUAUAGGCUAAAAGAAAAGUGCUGGCCUAUGGAUCUUAUCGCAAGAGGUGAGAUUUGA